AUGAAGUCGGGCGGGGGCCUGAUGGCGCCGCCAGGGUGCUUCCCUGGCCGCUACAGCCCCACGUACCGCACCUCCGACCCACGCCGCUGCGUGCCCAACCCCUCUAGCCGAAUACUGGAGGAUGCGUCGUUGAUGUGCAACUCGUGGUCUCCGAGGCACAAUGGCGACCUGUUCAGUGGGCUCAACGACGGUCUCCUCAGCCGGGCGGAGGCGCUGGCGGCGGUGGACAUCAGCAAGCACCAGUCAGGGCCUCAGCCGGGGCCGCCGCUGCCUCAACUGAAGCACGACAUGGUCUACCACCACGGCGUCGGGGGGCCCCCGCCUCACAACGCGCGCCCUCAUCAGAUGGGCCACCACGGCAUGGAGGGGCUGGAUAUGCUGGACCCGCUGACGUCAUCGUCGAUGACGACGCUGGCGCCGAUGGGCGAGGCCGCGCCGCCGCACCACCAGCUGCACGGCUACGGCAUGAACCACGUGAUGAACCACCACCACCACCACGCGGGCGGGCUGACGCACGCGCCCCCCGCACACCUCGCGCACCCAGCCGCCGCGCUGCAUCCCGACACCGACACGGACCCGCGCGAGCUCGAGGCCUUCGCCGAGCGGUUCAAGCAGCGUCGCAUCAAGCUGGGCGUCACGCAGGCUGACGUCGGCAAGGCGCUCGCCAACCUCAAGCUGCCCGGCGUCGGUGCUCUAUCGCAGAGCACCAUCUGCCGCUUCGAGAGCCUCACGCUCAGCCACAACAACAUGAUCGCGCUCAAGCCUAUUCUGCAGGCGUGGCUCGAGGAGGCGGAGGCACAGGCCAAGAACAAGCGGAGAGACCCGGACGCGCCGAGCGUGCUACCCGCCGGCGAGAAGAAGCGCAAGCGGACCUCCAUCGCCGCGCCCGAGAAACGGAGUCUAGAGGCGUACUUCGCAGUGCAGCCGCGCCCAUCCGGCGAGAAGAUCGCCGCGAUAGCGGAGAAGUUGGACCUCAAGAAGAAUGUGGUGCGAGUGUGGUUCUGCAACCAGCGGCAGAAACAGAAGCGGAUGAAGUUCGCGGCGCAGCACUGA